AUGGCGGAUCCUUUUGCGGUGCGCAUGCACUUUAGCUCGCAGCUGCAGCAUCUCAAUGCCUCGGUCAACUCUGCGCAAAAAGCUGCCCAGUAUGCGCUCAAAUAUAAGGACAUGGACGAGGACCUGCACUCGUGCAUACUAGAGCAGCUUGAGAAAAACAACAUGAAUACCCGGGCCAACAUAAUGUAUUUCAUCGAGCACUUCUUGGACUUGGCCAAGGAGGGCCACGCAGACUACAUCCGCAUGAUGCAGCGUGAUAUCAUACGGGUAGUUGACGCCGUGGCACCCGACGACGGCUCAGGGGCCGCAAACGUGAAGGUCGUUCGAAAGGUUCUGCAAGGCCUUCAGGGCAAGGGGCACCUAGAAUCUCAGACCGUCACGCAGAUAGAGGACGUUCUGAAAGAGAGAGAAACCAACGACGACGACCUAGGCCUCACGUCUUCUCCCGUCGACGUCGAGAUGGUGGACAGACCGCAGGCGCAACCCACCCCGAAGAACAGCAGGCGGCCGGCGCCGCACAGGCUGGACAAGCGGCAGAUUGAGCAGCGGAUCGAAGAGGACCGUGAGCGACACAAGCGAGAGAGAGAGAGCAUCUGGGCCGUUCCCAAAGGCGACGAUGCGGAGCUGAACAAGCUGUGGGAGGAAACUAGCGAUUUCGGCGAAGAUGACGAUCGACUCGUGACGGAAGAAGAGGAGGACUUUAUCAAGGAGAUGGAGUUGCAACAGUGUCCACACAAACAGUCGUCGGCAAACGGUCAGCUGCAUUGA